CAAGUUUAAAAACCGGCCCACUAACCCCACUCCCUAUAUAUAAGGGCCUCCAUCUCUAAUUCAAUCCUCAUUGUAAUACCUAAUUUUCGCAAAUUGAAGAAAAGCUCUCCGGCGAAGAAACCCUACUCGUUUGAAAAUCGAUGGCCCGUACUAAGCAAACCGCCCGCAAAUCCACCGGUGGCAAAGCCCCGAGAAAGCAGCUCGCCACCAAGGCGGCGAGGAAGUCGGCUCCGACCACCGGAGGAGUAAAGAAGCCUCACCGUUACCGCCCUGGAACCGUCGCUCUCCGUGAAAUCCGAAAGUACCAGAAGAGCACGGAGCUCCUGAUCCGGAAGCUCCCUUUCCAGCGUCUGGUUCGUGAGAUUGCGCAGGAUUUCAAGACAGAUCUGAGGUUUCAAAGCCACGCCGUCUUGGCUCUGCAGGAAGCGGCCGAGGCCUACCUCGUGGGUCUCUUCGAGGACACGAAUCUGUGCGCUAUUCACGCCAAGAGGGUCACGAUUAUGCCGAAGGACAUCCAGUUGGCGAGGCGUAUUCGAGGCGAGCGUGCUUGAGGUUGAUGGAUGAUCGGAUUUUGAUUUUAUGUGGUGCUAGAAUAGUUAGGGAUACCUUUGUUUGCGGACAUUUCGUUCUUUAUAUUCUCUUGCUGUAAAUUUUAUAGACCAUAAUGACAAUAUUGUUUCUAUAAUUUCUAAGGUGUUUUUUUGUCCAAUUCGUUCUUUAUUUUCUCUUGCUGUCAAUUUUACAGAUCUUAAUGGCGAUAUUGUUUCUAUAAAUUU